UCCGUAAACAGUUGUAUAAUCAAAAUUGAGUGCAUCGACUGAUGUGAUGAAAUCAUUAAACAAAUCUUAUAAUAAGGUCGACUCCAUUGGAAAGCAUUGUCAGCACUGGAACUCCAUAUCAGUAGACAUCACAACCAGCACUGCAUACUUCCUAUUAGUUGUUUAUAAAACGCUUUUAUUCAUCACAUUAUUUAUACCGAAAAAUGUCUGCAUUAGAGCCGGUUGUGAUUGCGUGACAUUUGAUGACACAUUCAAUAAAGAGUACGGUAUGUUUACAUCACCCAACUUUCCCGUCCAGUACGAGGACGGCAUAGACUGUUUGCUAUACAUAUUCAUUGCCGACACCAACCAAAUGGUGAAAAUAACUUUCCAAACGUUUGAUGUGUCUAACGGUCCACAAAAAACCGAUCAAACUAUUGACAAUUGUCUGAGCGGUGAUUACGUCAAAUUGUUUCUCAAUCAGCCAUCGGGUGAUACAGCUAUCAAUGAGUACAGCGAAUGGAGUGCCGUAAUGUGUGGCCGAUCGCUGGCCGACGCCCGUAGGACUCAUUAUUCGACCGAUUCGGUUCUGGUCUUUGAGUUUCAUACGGACGAAAUCAGUACCAAUAGCACCGGCUUUAGCGGUAUCUAUCAGUUCGUCAAUAAAUCCAGUUUUGUUACCGAUGGCCAACUGCUAAGUGGUUCGCAGUGUGACUACGGUUUUAUACGACUGUCCACUAAUGACUCCAUGUCCGGCCAUUUUUAUUCGCCAAAUUACCCGUCAAAAUAUCCGCCAAAUGUCAACUGUGGGUAUCAUUUCUUUGCCAAAUACAACGAAAAAAUUAAAAUAGUCUUCGAGUCCAUUCAGCUCAUGGAUAACGAUCAAAGUUGUCGCUACAGUGAGGAUGUCAUACAAGUUUAUGACGGCAAAGAUUUAACUGCACCACUAAUCGCUCAAUUAUGUAAUCGCCAGACAUAUGUACCAAUAAUAUCGAGUGGACCCGACCUAUACAUCGAGUUCAAGACCAGUUCCACUCAUCCGCUUUAUAAUGGUUUCAAAGCCUCCUAUUUGUUUGAACCCAACGAAACUAAUCAACAAUUAGUGUAUGCCAUCAGCACCACUACCAUAGAUACUAAUAAACUAGAGAUCAGUCAAAUACCACAAACAGAGCCGGUUGAAGAUUUGCUUCAUAAGGAUGAGACCACACAAUCAUCUAAAACUAACAAUUGUGAUCAACAUAUAGACAGUUUAGUAUCAAAAAAUGGCACCUUUACAUCACCCAACUAUCCCGAGACAUACCAGAGUAAUAUUCACUGUACGUAUCAUUUCAAUGGUCGCGGCAAAGAAAGGAUCCAAAUAUUGUUUACCGAUUUUGACCUAUACUUACACAACGAGUUUGGACCCAUCAGAGAUUGUGAGGGCGUAGAUGUGGUGAUGGUUUUCAUCACAAUUAAUGGCCAUAAAGAGAGAAUCGAUAACUUUUGCGGCCAAAAGCUGCCGUCUCAGCUCAUGUCUAACGGCCCCUCAAUGACUGUUGAAUUCAAGUCAACUCAAGCCAUCCGUAAAAAUAAAGGAUUCCGUGCAAUUUAUCGAUUUGUUAAUAACUUUGGUAUAACUGGUGGUACACCUGAUGACAGAGAGACAGUCUGUGGUUUUAUCUUCAACAGUACAAUACAUCCAAACGGUUCAUUCACAUCACCCAAUUAUCCCGGUCUAUACCCACGUGAUACUGAAUGUCAUUAUCAUUUUUAUGGACAGUCUAACGAAAAAGUUCACAUAACGUUUGCCUAUUUUGAUGUCGAAGGAGUUCCACCCUGCGAUUCAAAUACUGCCAGUGAUUACGUUGAGUUCAGUAAUUAUCAGACCGUUGACCGGAAAAUGUCGCGAAAUUGUGGCGUAAAGACACCGAAGAAUGUCAAGUCUGACAACAAGUUCUUUCGUAUCGCUUUCAAGACUAACGACAAGUUUGACGGCACAGGCUUUGAGGCUUUCUAUCAGUUCCGGGCCAACGAUGAUACAAGUACUAGUAUUCAAAAAAUAUCUACUUUUGCCACAAGUCAUGCCAAAGAUACAAGUAAUUACUGUUUACGAUCACAGCUCACAAUCAUUAUAUCGCUAAUCAUUAUUUCAUGGCAUUUGAAGCGAGCUUUCAAUUUGUUAUUUGCUUUUUAA